AUAUUUUUGGGGGUGGGGGGACUGAAAAUAGUUUAAAAUCAAAUACAGUGAUUAAAUAUGACUGUUCUUCAUCAAAAAAUAGACAGUCAGAUCCACGGAUAAAAUUCAGUGGAAAAAAAGCGGGCAAGUGACGCAAGUAAGGCCUGAGAUGAGAGACAGAGACGACCGCAAAGACACAAGGACCUUCUGUCUUACUCCAGAUUUAUCUUUCAACAGACAUUUGUCCUUGUCUUUACUCUGCUCACAGCCCGAAAAAAAAACCCUGGUCCGAAACUUUGGUUAGAUUCCAAGAAAAUGUAACUUUCCAGUUAUGUUCUUUUGUUAGUAAAAAGUACAGAUGCUUUUAUUUGAUUAAACCCCCCAAAAAUAGGUCCAAAUGUAAUAACAUGUAAAAUCAAGCGUCAGUGUCAUAUGUUAAAUUUUUUCAGUUUAAUCUCAGAAAAUGUUCAUUAUCAAGCAGCAGGCUGAAUGGUGUGAAAGGAUUGAAUGUAAUUAGCCCGAAAGUCUGGCAGGAGCCGUGGACUCCAGGCAUCUGCGAUGUAGCUGAGCAUUGAAUAGUGAUGAGAGAUGGAGCUUCAGCAUCUCCAACCUUUUAUUACAUCGAAAAAGACAGAGUGAGAGGGAGAAAAGGGAAGACAACGUAUAACGUACACAUCUAGGCCUACAUUUAGCCGACGCUCACAAACAGGGCCUGCAUCGACACACACACACACACACACACACACACGCUACUCCUCUUUUAUCUUUAUGACAUUUUAUUAAAGCAGAAAGGUCAGAUACAAACAGGUUUCUGAUGAGUUCUUCACUUUCUGUGCUCCUCCCACAAUUCAUCCAGUACCACACACACACACACACACACACACACACACACACACACUCUUUUCGUGUCACCCUAAAAGACACCAAGCAAGUGAACAUUCUAUUCAUAGCAUUAAAUACUCAGAUGUUUUAGGGAUUUUCCUGUUCUACUCCACAGCCCCAGUUUCCUCUAGAUAACAUGGAUUUAAGCAUUUUGUUGUACUGUUUACUAAAGGAGGAUUCUCAUGCUUGUUCCUCCACUGAGUCACAUUACACAGUCUGAAUAGGUGCUAAAGUGGUCUAGACUUGCUCAGCAAAGGACAGAGAAGGCCUGGAUUAUUUACCCACCCAUGUAAGGAUUACAAACCAUCUUAACCUGUCCAUUAGCGCUGGGACCGUCUCAGACAGUCAGGCUACCGGACAGACCCUCUUUCACCUGAGCUCUAAUCCACUGCACCAGAAGCCUGAUCUGAUAGAACCAGAGAGGCUGAACUGGACUGAAAAGCCCUGCUCAUGCCCAUGCUCUCUUUCUUGAUUUCUUAAGCUAGAUUUAGAAAAAAAAAGAUAGGGGUGUGUAUCACAAUCAUCCAUGUGCCAUAUGCAGAUGAAUUUCACAUAAACAUUUUUUUUCUGCAUUAGAACCAAAAAAAUCCAAAAAAAAACUUCUACCAGCUCCGUUAUUACAAGAUCCGAGCAGGUGCCCAAAUUGACGAGCAUGAUUCAGAAGCGAUGUCUCCCCCUUCUGGACAUUUUGUUAAAUGUAGAAAGCGUUGGAGAGAUGCUGACAGAAAGCACAAGUAGACGCAGGAUAAAGUUCUAAAGCUUUUUAAAACGUUUUUGCAUUGUGGCAGUUUUUCUGCGUGCUACCUAGUGUUACGAAGGACCUCAAACCAGACCGCGUGACUCAUGAGUCAUACUACGCAUGACACGUAUUCACAUUCAAGUCACAGAAAAUGAGUAGAGGUCGACAUCUAAAAGUUUUUUUUUAAUCUCUCUACCUCACUUCGUCCAGCUGUUCGUGUCUCUUUGUGGCAGACACCGGCUCCCUGCGCAUUAAUUCGGCUUUAGAAGAACGAGCUGGGAGCGCAGACAUUCAUUAACAUUCAUCCGUUAAGCUGACGCUUUUAUGUAAAGCUAAAAAACGAGGGAUUUAUUCUAAGCAGGCAGCCGAUUGUCAUUCCCUGAUGUCACUCUCACCUGUCCACGUUUAUUCUGUCAAGUCUGUAAUUUACUGAGGGGUGAAUUCAGACUCACUAACCACCGUCAUCUUCUUCUUCUGACCUCAAACUAACUUAAGACACCAGCCAAUUGUCGCAGUGAUGUUUCCCUGACGGAUAAAUUUGACACGAGAUCGGCCUUAGUGACGACAGUCCAUCUAUGCAGGUUGUCAUGGUUACACGGAAAACCGUCAAUUAAGAAGCGGAACAUGUCUCUCGCGCUGUAUAAUCUCCCCUGUGGCUAAUAUGUAAGAGAGAAGGGGAGGUAAAUACGGAUCAAAGUUACAAAAGGUAAUUAUUAUUUUCGGUUCUCAAGUGAGUACGUAGCCCUAGCGGUACAAACUACCUUUUGAAUCCGAAAUAGGCUAUAUUAUGAAGAAGUAUAAAAUACGAUGCAGCACGAUAUAUUCAAGGCUCUCAGUGAAUCAUGGAGGAAUCGAUUAAGGCUCUUUUGAGAAAAUAAUAAUAAUAAUAAUAAUAAUAAUAAACUUGUUGAGACGUAUUGGUUUCGUGAUAAUCAAGCUGACAAUUGUGUCAAUCAAACGAUCAGUACGCUUCUAAAAAAAGAGCGCUGAAGCGGUGUACUGUUGCUAUAGCAACUUCGCGAACAUUUAGCGCGUAAUGAUUAACGCGUAAUCUUACUUUUGUGAAUGGUGUAACGUGCGUUACAGACUCAUGUAACCUAACCUUUUUUAUUUAUUUAUUUGUUCCACUUUUACAUAGAUUACCUAAAAUUAGCAGAGACCCCGUUCAACACUGAUUAUCUAUUCAUGCUUCCCAUAUAGGAUAUUAUUACUAAAGAAUUACGAAUUUCAGGCGUUUUUCAUAUUCAGCAACAUCAACAGGUCCAAACUCCGGGUAUCAAUCUUGAAUCUUGCAGCCGUUAUACCGUUACCGCGCUGUAAAGUUAUUUGUGGUUUUGAUUAACGAAGGAUCCGAGAUGAUGAACGGAGCGUAGCUACGUGAGGAGGACUAUAACGCGCACUGGUACUCCUACGCGCCUCUGAUCGUUCAUUCAGCACCACAGCAACCGAACAGCGACCGCGGCGAGCACGCCGACAACGGAGACGGGAACGGUUUAUUUUUAAAGCGCACGGCAGUCGUUGUCAAAGCGCAUCGUCGCGGUUUACGCGCUCUCAUCCGGACGCCUCGCGUGUUAACACGCGGACGCCUGACUACCGAAGGAAUACGCGCUAUAACGGAACGUCAAACGCGAUUUGAUCGAGAGCAACGUUCCGCUUAGUAACAUACUUUUUUUUUUUCCUCGAGGCUCCUCUUCUGUCGCAAAUCAUGAAAUACUUUGAAACUGUUCGUUGUUCCGAAAGCGCGAACAUACAUCGAGAAAAACAGAAUAGCGACCACCUCUUGUCGAGGCGAGCGGUCCGCCACACCUGACUUGUUUUUCUGCCUCCGGUUGUGACAUGAAAACUCGGACCAGAAAGAAACGGAUGAAAGGGCGAAGAGCUGCAAAAGGCCAUGCGGAUUUGAAAGGGAACAUAUCAGAUUGAAGUGGGAGCCCGGAACAAUCCACAAGUCCGAACCGCGACUGACAAUCACAGGCAUGGGGACACCAAAGAUCAGGAGACGGUCGGAGGUCUCGCAACCUGUUGUUGAUCCCGAGUAGACAGAUUAUUAUAUGCUAUUAUAUCUAAACGGCAAUGACUUUGGGGGGAAAACACGUGCUUUUGACUGAUUUUUGUCUCGUUUCUUGAUUUGUGUUUCUUAAUUAUUAAUUUGUGGAGCGACUACAUUGGACGCCUGGACUAGAUCGAGUUGUUUUUUCGGGAAUAUAAAAGUAUAUUUAUAUUAGGAAAUAAAACACCAUUCAUGGUUGGUUGGUUACCCUGAUUCUGACCCUCUCCAGCCAUGGGUUGCCUUCAGAGCGUCGCCUGCAAACCCCGAAUUAAACGCGAGAACAUCGUUGUUUAUGAUGUGUCCGCUACUAUUGACCAGUGCCCCACAGUGAUCGAGGAGAAUUCACCCAUAGUGCUCCGCUACAAAACUCCGUACUUCAAGGCCUCCGCUCGGAUAGUAAUGCCGCCGAUCCCUCGAAAUGAGGCUUGGAUGGUGGGUUGGAUUCAAGCAUGCACUCAAAUGGAAUUCUACAACACCUAUGGAGACCUCGGCAUGUCAAGCUGGGAGCUGCCAGAGUUACGAGAAGGACUGGUGAAGGCCAUCAGUGAUUCAGACGGCGUGAGUUACCCGUGGUACGGAAACACGACUGAAACUGUGACUCUCUCCGGCCCCACGUCCAAACCUUCACGAUUUACUGUCAGCAUGAACGAUAACUUCUACCCCAGCGUUACAUGGGCCGUACCGGUGAGCGAGAGCAAUGUGCCUUUGCUCACGCGGAUCAAACGCGACCAGAGCUUUACCACAUGGCUGGUAGCUUUGAAUAUGGCCACACAGGAGAAGAUCCUCCUGCAGACUGUGAAGUGGAGAAUGAAAGUGGACAUCGCUGUGGACCCCUCUAAGCCAUUGGGCUCUAGAGCAAGACUCACUGGCCGGAUGCACCAGGACCAGCCCAAGGUGUUGACCCAUAUGGAGCUGAUCCCUCCUAACGCUAUGGGUAAACCCAAUGCUAAUGACGCACAAGUGCUCAUGUGGAGACCUAAGCGAGGUCCACCAUUAGUGGUGAUUCCCUCCAAGUAGCAGGUUGUGGCAAAACCUGAAGGUUUUUAAUCAAAAUCUGCCUUAAAUCCACACUGCUGCCUUUAAAGAGAUACUUGGUUCUUAAACAGCCUUGGAGACACUUAAAGGGGCAGUUCAUAAAAAAAAAAAAAAAAAAAAAUCUUAAUUCUAUAUUUUUUUACUCACCCUCAUGUCACUCCAAACUUGUAUGACGUUUAUUUAUUUUGUAGAACACACACAAAUAUAUUUUAAACAAUGUUUCUGUCCAUCCAAUGACACAAGAUAAAGGACCCUAGUCAGACAGGUUUAAGAAAAAUUAUAGUUUGGUUGAACUGUCCCUUUAAUUUGAAAUUGACAUUUGCCUUAAAUCCUUAGACUCAAGUUCAGGAGAAGAAACCAUACAUCUGCUCUACAAAAAGGGAUACUGCACCAAAAACCAUAAAAAUUCUGUCAUAGUUUACUCACCUUUCCAUCAUUCGAAACUAUUAUACUACUAUAUAUAUAUAUAUAUAUGUCAGUGGGUUCCAAUGUUUUUUGGUUCCCAGUAUUCUUCAAAAUGUUCUUAUGCAGUAAACAAAAUGACAAUUCUUUAUGGGUGGAGUAUUCCUAAAAGGCUAUUCAGCUAUUCAGAUUACUUAGCUCCAACAUUUUCUCUUUCAAGUUCUCUGUAAGUGUAAAAUGCCUGGGCUACACAGAAGCCAGUCUUGCUUAACAUCUUAAUUAUAGAUGAAUCUAUGUGGCAAAACAAAAGAAGCAGUUGUGCAUGAAUGUACGACUUCAGAAGGUCUACAGCCAAAUUCAGCACUGCCUUUCAGUUCAACCAGUUUUACUGCAAGUAAAUUUUGAAGGCAGAAGAAAGCUUUAACCAUCAGAUAUGUUUGCUACUUAGCACUGCAUAAUGUAAGUAAGAAGAGAUGUAAGACUUCUUAAUUCCACUGAGCAUAACCUGGACCGCGAAUAACGCUGCAGUAGAAAUGAGGGAUCUUCAGCCGCUUAAGUUUCUCUGCUCUACGCUUAAGAAUGUCUGGAGCUGUCUACUAAUUCACUCUUCUGCUCACCUGGGAGCGAGGGAAUCGAGGGAGGGGAAGAAAGAGAUUUGAACAGUGCUGCAAACGCCAACUCCCACCGCUACUCAUUAGAGAGGUGAAAACCAUCCGGACCUUCCUACUGAGAUAACAAACACACAUCCAGACACAAAAGCACAACAAACACUCAACUGCCUUCUUUGAAGCACCCUCCUCUAGAGAGUCCUGCGCCUGCACAAAUUACAGUGGAGCGACUGUUUGAUUAACAAAAAUGGAUCCAAUCAGAUUGUUUGAAAGCAUUAAAACCUCUGGAUUUGAAUUCACAAUGCCAUGUGGGAUUUGCAGACUUCAAAAACGACCCAAUGCUUGUCUACAGAGGUCACUGUAGAGUUUAUUGAUUUUGAGGUUCACAGUGUGUUCUGAAGGACUGGGGCAGCUAGAGUUGUCCUGACUGUAAAAUCGAUUUGCCUUUUUAAUUAAUUACCUUUUUCAAACUGUGACUGCAUGCAUUGUUUUUACACCUUUUGAAAAAAAACAACAACCCUUUUUUUUCAGUUUUGUGCUG